UUGAGUUAGUUCGGAACUGAUUCUCGAUUAAUUCGAAUCAAAAAAUGCUCAAGUGGCACUUAGCAACCAAUUUGUAAUUAUCAGCCGUGAGAUGGCACUAUUGCAGUUUUUAGUUGACAUCUAAACUUCAAAAUAGUCAAACUGUCAAAAUAAUCUUCUCUCUCCCUCUUUCUGUUUCAAAGUGCCAAGAUGGCUCGAGGUCCCAAGAAGCAUUUGAAACGUUUAAAUGCCCCCAAGGCAUGGAUGUUGGACAAAUUGGGGGGCGUUUUCGCUCCUCGUCCGUCCACCGGGCCUCACAAGUUGAGAGAAUCGCUUCCCCUAGUGAUUUUCCUACGUAACAGGCUAAAGUAUGCUCUUACCAACAGCGAAGUCACCAAAAUCGUUAUGCAAAGGCUGAUCAAAGUUGACGGCAAAGUCAGGACCGACCCUAACUAUCCUGCUGGUUUUAUGGAUGUCAUCACCAUUGAAAAAACUGGUGAAUUCUUCCGUCUCAUCUACGAUGUUAAAGGUAGAUUCACAAUUCAUCGUAUUACUGCUGAAGAAGCUAAAUACAAACUGUGUAAAGUACGUAGAGUACAAACUGGACCAAAAGGAAUCCCAUUUUUGGUCACACAUGAUGGAAGGACCAUCCGUUAUCCUGACCCAAUGAUUAAGGUAAAUGACACUAUCCAAUUGGAAAUUGCCACUUCCAAAAUCCUAGACUUCAUCAAAUUUGAGUCUGGCAACUUGUGCAUGAUCACCGGAGGUAGAAAUUUGGGACGUGUUGGUACUGUGGUCAACCGUGAAAGGCAUCCAGGAUCUUUUGAUAUUGUUCACAUCAAGGACGCAAAUGAACACGUAUUUGCAACCAGGUUGAACAAUGUUUUCAUUAUUGGUAAGGGUAGCAAAGGCUUCGUAUCCCUGCCAAGAGGCAAGGGAGUCAAAUUGUCCAUUGCUGAAGAGAGGGACAAGAGGUUAGCUACCAAGCAUUAAACAGCGUUAAUUUUUAAUUAAUUAAAAAAAUUGAAAAACAAUACAA